UUCUCAUGCCCGAGUACACGACCAUGUGGCCAUCACAGCUACUAGUCUUCAUGAUGCUCUUAGCACCGACAGUUCGUGGUGGCAAGCACAGUGAGCGACAUCCAGCCCUCGCUGCUCCACUGCGACAUGCUGAGCGCAGCCCAGGAGGCGCUCUACCUCCCAGACAUCUCCUUCAGCAGCCAGCUGCGGAGCGCGCCACUGCUCAUCGUGGACAAGGGCCCCGUGGAGCUACCAGAGGAGUUCGUGGUCCAGGUGCCCAAGGAGCUCAGAUCUCAGCCCAAGGUGCGGCCAGCGGUGGGGAAAGAGGGCUGGGGGUGGCUGGGCAGGGGCUCCUGGGAGGCUCAGUCCCAGGCAGUGGCCCAAAUGUGUCUUCUCAUAUACUUAGUGUCUGCAUCCACUCGUUGUGGCUGAUGUUUGCACCCAGUGAUAUCCUGGCCUGUUGUUGA